AUGGCAGACAAGAUCCGGCUGGGCAUCAUCGGCGCGAACAUCCACCGGGGAUGGGCGGUGCGUUCACACCUGCCCGCCGUGGUGGCGAGUCCCGAGUUCGAACUGACCGCCGUCUGCACCACGCGCAUGGAGAGCGCCGAGGAGUCGCGCGAGAAGUUCGGGGCCCGGCUGGCCUUUGACGACUACCACACCAUGCUGGCGCACCCCGACAUCGACGCCGUGGCCGUGAGCCUGCGGGUACCGAACCACUAUGAGCCCACCGUGGCGGCCAUCAACGCUGGCAAGCACGUCUAUGUCGAAUGGCCGCUGGGCCGCACCACGGCGGAAGCCCAGGAGAUGGCCGAUCUUGCCCGGGCCAAGGGGGUGCGCAACAUGGUCGGGCUACAGGCGCGGGCCAACGCCCCGUUGUUGCAUCUGAGGGACCUGGUCGCCUCGGGCUACGUGGGGGAAGUGCUGUCCUGCCACGUCCGCCGCAUCACCGGCGGCUCGCUGACGCGGCAGUCCGACCGGACAUGGCAGCGGGACCGGGAGCUGGGCGCCAACACGCUGACCAUCUCCUUCGGCCAUACGAUUGACGCGCUCCGAAUGGUGGUCGGCGAUUUCAGCCAUGUGUCCACGGUGGUCAGCACGCAGGCCAACCAAUGGUUCGAGACGGACACCAACCAGAUGGUGGACGUGACAUCACCGGACAACGUGCUGGUCAGCGGCCGGCUGGCGAACGGAGCGGUCGCGUCCGCCCAUGUCGCCAGCAACCCGUGGUUGGACAGCGGCUACCUGAUGGAGAUCCAUGGACGGGACGGGACACUGGUGGCCACGUCGGACGAAACGCCAAAUCACGAGGGCGUGCGGCUGCAGGGGGCGCAGGGCAGCGACCAGCUGGAAGACCUGGUGAUCCCCGCCAAGUACACCUUCGUGCUGGAGGGGAUGCCCCACGGCGCUCCGUACAACGUGGGGCAGAUGUACUACCAGUUCGGGGAAGCGAUCCGCACCGGAUCCGAUUGCCAGCCCGAUUUUGACGAAGCGGUACGGCUGCACCACUUCAUCGACGGGAUCCAGGCAGCGUCGGACAGCGGGCGGCAAGUGGCCAUCGAAUAG